CGGAAUUACCCAAUCAGCGUUGUCUAGUUUUUGUUCCGGGAUUCCUGAUGAUGUGGCUUCUGUCCUUGAUUCCUGGAGAAAAAUAAUUAUUAAAAACCGCGGAGCAAACACACAGGGUGGUGAUGCUGAGCCGACUGUCCGGCCUGGCCAAGGGGGUGAACUCUGUCCUGCAGGAGCUGUCGGGGGACGGAGAGGAGCAGCAUGAAUCCGAGGAGGGGGCGUUGGCGCAGGCUCCCCCAGCCCCGCAGGCUCUGGAGGGGGAGGAUGCUCUGGAACGCCUGGCUCAGACCGAGCAGCUGGUGGUCCACCUGAAGGAGUUGAUCAGAGAGAGAGAUGCCAAGCUGCAGCAGAGCGAGGCCAGGCUCAAGGAGGAGAGGGAGGCAGCAGAUGCCAAGCUAUCCAAGCUAAAACUCCAGGCCAAAGCCAAGGUGGUGUCACUCAACAAGCAGAUCGAGGAGCUGAAGAAGACGACUCCAGGCAGCGAGCAAGGAGCGGCAGGGAGAGAGGCAAGCCCCAAUGUGAGCCUCACUGUGGACCGGGGCCUGGAGGAGGAAGUGGAACAGCUGAGGCUUCGUCUCCAGGAGGAAGCGACAGGCGCGAGGACCUUGCAGGAGACCGUGCAGCGCCUGCAGGAGGAGCUGCGGGUGUCAGAGGAGUGCCAGCGUGAAAGCGAGGCACGGCACAGUGAGCAGGUGCGCUCCCUGCAGGAGGUGGUCCAGGAGAAGGAUGUGCGGUUCCAGGAGCAGGUGCAGCGCCAUGAGGAGGAGCUGGUCCGGGUGGCAUCGCAGCCAGAGCCUGAGCAACAGCAGCUGCUGAAGUCCCUGCGGAGGAAGGCGGAGGAGAUGGAGGAGGCUCUUCACGCCCGCUCCCAGGUGGUGGAGAUGCUGCAGCAGGAGCUGAACAGUGCUGACCAGCAGAACCAGAUCCUCACGGAGCAGUUUCGUCGGGUGGAGGCUGAGCUGGUGGAGUCCCAGAGGCAGAUAGAAGAGAAGGGGCAGCGCUGGCGGAGCGAGGCUGCGGAGAGAGAGGCAGAGCUGGCAGCACUCAGGGAGGCAGCAGGGAGACUGGAGCAGGAGAGGCUGGGAGCAGAGCAGAGGGAGGCAGGGGAGAGGAACCAGGCUGAGCAGGAGAGGCAGGAGGCAGAGGACAGAGAGGUGCAGAGUCGGCUGGAGGAUCUCUCUGGCCUGUGGGGGGUGCUCUGGUCUCUGAUGGAGCGUCUGCCAGGCAGAGAGGAGCAGGAGGAGCCCUCCCCUCUGCCCCCGGACCCUCUCAGGACCAUCCCUGCGCUGCAGGCAGUGUUGCGGGCUCUGGAGGGGAGGCUGGACCUGCUCAGCACACAGAACCAGGAGAAGGAGGCGCGCUGCACAGAGCUCUCACACAGGCUAGAGCAGCUGCAAGGGGAGCUGCAGAGCAGAGCUGUGGUGGAGGAGCCGCAGAGACUGGGGGAGGAGGAGUCCUCCGCACAGAUCAGAGAGCUGGAGCUGCAACUCCACACACUGCAGGAAGUGGAGGUGGUGUCUCUGCGGAACAGACUGGCGGAGCUGGAGGAGGAGAAGGGCUCCCUGCAGCUACACGUGGUCGACUUCGAGGAGCUGAGAGCCGAGAACGAGUCGCUGCGCUCUGAGCUUGAUAGACUGAAGGAAGCUGAAGGAGAGAGCAUUCCAAAGAGUGAAGAAGGAACAGACUUUCCACCGGAGAUAGUGACUGCGUCCGACACAGACAAGGGCAGUGAAGUUGAAUCGAGCCUUAAAGAUGUUGAAGAGGACACUGUUUCUAUCCUGAAACAGGCGAUUGGCGACAGAGAUAAGCAGCUGUCCUCUGUCUGUGCCAAGCUGUCCGCAGCGGAGGCGAGAACGAGGCAGCUGGAGAAACUGCUGGAGCAGACCGGAGCCCCGGGGGCAUCGAAGAGCCAUGAAGCCCAGAAGACAGAGAGGGGGACUGCUGCAGUGAAUGAGAGUAGCUCCGAAACCCUCCUUGAGUUAUCAUCGGAGAACGGGCCGUGCAUCACCAACAGGAAUUAA